AUGCUGAAGAAGGAAAAUGGCGUCCUAGCCUCCGGCAACAAUUGGGCGCGUGUCUGUGACACGUGCCGCUCCGCCGCCUGCACCGUCUACUGCCGGGCCGACUCCGCCUACCUCUGCACCGGCUGUGACGCCCGCAUCCAUGCCGCCAACCGGGUGGCGUCACGCCACGAGCGCGUUUGGGUGUGCGAGGCCUGCGAGCACGCUCCCGCCGCCUUCAUAUGCAAAGCUGACGCCGCAUCGCUCUGCGCCACCUGCGAUGCCGACAUCCACUCCGCCAAUCCGCUUGCCCGCCGCCACCACCGCGUCCCAAUCCUGCCCAUUCCUGGCUGCCUCUACGGCCCCCCGGCCACUGACCCGGGUGGAUCGGUGGUGGAGCCGUCAGCCGAUGCCGACGACGAGUUCCUGGCCCCGGAAAACGAUGAGACUAUUGAAAAAGAAGACGAAGAUGAAGCAGCUUCAUGGCUGUUGCUUAAUCCUGUCAAGCCCAAUCCUAACCAGCACAACAAUGGGUUCCUGUUCGGUGGAGAGGUGGUUGACGAGUACCUGGAUCUUGCAGAGUACAAUACAUGCCAAGAGAAUCAGUUCACGGAUCAAUACAAUAACCAGCAACAGCAGCAUGGAGGUGUUGCUCAGAAGAGCUACGGAGGUGACUGUGUCGUACCAGUUCAGAAUGGAGAGGCCAAGUGUCAGCUCCAGCAGCAGUGGCAGCAGCAGCAGGCCCAUAGCUAUCAGCUCGGGAUGGAGUACGAGGCCUCAAAAAUUGGAUAUGGUUACCCUGCUUCAGUUAGUCACAGUGUCUCAGUCUCAUCACUGGAUGUGGGCCUUGUUCCAGAAUCCACAGUGAGUGACGUCUCAAUUUCUCAUCCAAGACCCCCCAAGGGAACAAUUGACCUUUUCUUGAGUCCUCCGAUUCAGAUGGCUUCCCAACUUACUCCAAUGGACAGGGAGGCUAGAGUACUAAGAUAUAGGGAGAAGAAGAAGACACGGAAGUUUGAGAAGACAAUCAGGUAUGCCUCAAGGAAGGCCUAUGCAGAAACCAGACCCCGGAUCAAAGGCCGAUUUGCAAAGAGAACAGAAGUAGAAGUUGAAGUCGACCAAAUGUUUUCCACAAGUGUUGGCGGUGGUGGAUAUGGCAUUGUUCCAUCAUUCUAAAUCCAGAAAUUAGGACCCUUCCCGCCUAUCAAAGAAAAAGAGGACUAUUCACGUUAGAGUUGUACUGCUAAUACUAAAGCUACUGCUACUACUGUAUCUGUCUCAAUCUAAUUUGUCUCUCAAAUAAUGACAAUAUGCUCAGUAAUUUUGUAAAUAUUUCUUCUUCUUGUUC